AUGGCAACAGUACCUGAUGAUCAGAUAAUUGAUGAUAUCUUCAGCUCACUUCCGUUGUCACCGACUCCAAGUUUUAUCGACGCUUUUUCAGAAUUGAAUGAAAAUGAAGAAGGUCUUUAUAAAUUAUUGCCAAGCAAUCAAGAGCCUUUCUCAGGAUUGUCUGAUAGCAAUAAUGAAACGUUAUUUGGCUACUCUCCCCAAUCAAGUGCAAUUCUCUCCGGAGAACAAUCAUCUGAAACAGUCAUUCGUUCUGAUCGUAUUGAAAUUAUUGCUCAACCAUGUUUUACUUCUAAAUUGCGAACUCUUAAAGACAAUGAAAAAGACGGCCGACGACAUACACUCAAAACGAAAACAAAAAAUGUUCCUUUCUCUGGCCCAACAAUUCGUGUGCCUAAGAUUUACACUAGCCAUCCAGUAAACCAAUAUUAUAUUGGUAUUUCUCUUGUAACAGUUUUCCAUGAAAAAUCUAAUUGUCGGUAUAUACAUCCAUAUGUCUUGAGAGAUGUCGAUCAGACAGAUCGCAAUGAUCAAUACAAUAAUGCUGUAUGGUAUCCAAUCAAACAUGAUAAUCUAGAUGGUAUUCAUUGUUUUACAGAUUUACAUAUUGAUAAGAUCAUUGAAAACGAAUUGAAAAACUAUGGGCCUUUACGUCGAUUUUAUGGCGAUCAUUCAAAUCCUUGUAAUGAUAUUGUUUUAAAUCUAAGCUCUGGAAGACAAAUAGUUAAGGAAUAUAAUAUUAAAUCAAUGCAAUUAGCAUUCGUUAUUGCUAUAAAAAACAAUAUCAAUGAUACAUUUCCGAAAGAAAUUGUGUCUGAUUUAACAGCUUAUUCAGAAGAAAUGACGGAUACCAACGAAAAAGAGUCACUCGACGAGAAUAAUCCGACGGACUCAAUUAAAAAGUCGAUCUUCCCACCACCUGACUGUCGUAUGUACAAAUAUGCACCCCGAAAUGGUUCUACGCAAGGCAAUGAAGAAGUGCUAAUUUUUUAUACAAAGAAACUUGAAGAAAAUAAAUAUGGAAACAUACAAGUUAUGUUUGAAUCGGAUACAGAUGAUAUUCAUUGGCAACCACCAGCACUUGCCAUCGAUGUUGAAGUUAAAGGUCAAAUGGUAUCGUUUAAAACACCAUAUUUUCCAUUUCAAAUUGAUAAACUGGUGCCUGUCAAAAUAAUCUUACGGCAAAACGAAAGAAUAUUAGAACCUUUACGAUACUUUUAUGUUCCAUCUUUACAAUGUCAAACAUGUCAAGCAAAAAUGAUGAAAUAUCCAGAUCCACUUGUACCAACUAAUUCAAAUAAACGCACAAAAUUUAGUCGUUUGAUCGAUGGUGAUGACAGGGAAACUGAUGCUCUUGUCCCUAUUUGUGAAAGUAAAACUGACUUGCAACAAUCGAACUCGAUACUGGAAUCAAGUGCCACUCUAACUUCAUCGAAUUCAGCUUCUCCAUCGUCGAUCAACACUCCAGAAGCAAAUUAUAAUUAUAAUGAACAGCUUUUGAAUAAAAUUUCAGAUGCUACUCAAUCGUUGUUUAUCAAUAAUGAUUUCAAAUCUAUUUUACGCAUAUGUCGACCAUUCAUUCAAAAACGUCCAGAAUUACUUCAUAAUAGCAUUAGUAACAAUCAUUCCGAUCUGCUAACAAAAUUUAUUCCUAUUGCAUCCAUCGACUUGCUGAAAAAAACGAAUGAAUUCGGUGAAACAGUACUUUUACAUGCAAUACGUCUUAAUCGAAUCACUACUGUCAAGGAUAUAUUAAAAAGAGAGAACUCGGACGUACUUUUCGACGAUACUAAUGAUAGAGAUCAAAAUAUUUUUCAUAUUCUUGCUAUAAGCACAAAUUCACAGGAACUACUCGAUGUAAUCAUUGAUUAUCUAAUGAAAAAAUCAGUGAACAUCUCAGUGAAAUUUGAUCAUAUCGAUAAAGAUAAUCAUACACCAUUACAACUCGCCAUUUUGAACAAAAACAUUUCGAUAACAAGUUGUUUCUUAAAAUAUUUCAAUAAAACUCUAUGCAAAAUAAAUGAUAAUAGUGGCGAUAAUCUUAUUCAUUUUGCUGUGCGUUAUGGUGACUUAACAAUGAUUAAAUUAUUACUCGAUGAUAAAGAACUAAUUGAACAAGGAAAUCAAUCAAAUUUAACCAUGACACCACUUGAACUGGCUCGAUCUUUGAAACAUAAUGAUCUGGUAGAAUAUAUAAAUAAAAUUUAUUAUCAAUCUGAGGUCAAAGAAAAUGAGAGUGCGCAAAACGAUUAA